AUGGCCAGCCCUCAGCCCCCGAAAAUUAUCACCAGUAUGGUCCCGAACGGCACCCCUUCUCGCGACCGCUCCUACCGCAACGACUACCCGCCCUCGGUCACCUCCUCUCCCGCCGUCAUACGCUCCGCCGCAUCCUUCGCCAACACUCCUAAUCCCAGUUUAUCUGCCCUCGGGGCCAAUGGAUCCGCUGUGCCUACAAACCAGCCUCUCGCGGUCGAGGGUUUACUCGCCACCUACGAGGGUUCCCCGAACCCCGCCCUUGCCGCUCUCGACGCCGCCGUCAAUGAGCGUAACCAGCUCUCGGCGCAAAACACCCAGCUCUGGAAGCUCAUCGAGAAGCAGCGGUCGGGGUACAACCAUGUCAUGAAGGAGCUCGAGCGUCUUCGCGGUGAGCGUGAUCUCUAUAAGCAUCGUCUCCAGGACAAGGGCGAAGACACCGACAAGCUCCUCCGCGCCCACCGCGUACGAGAGAAGAACGAGGGCAAAGACGUCUCCCUUCGUUCUGCCUCCUCCGCCUCCCAGCUCAAGCCGAGCGACAGCCACAGUUCAUCAAGCUCGUCCAAGGCGACCAACGCUCUCGAUCCCCGGCAACCUGUGCACAGAGCCCAUUCGGACGAGUCGCCUCGCGCCCAGCCACAGCUGUCGUCCUCUCGAUCCUUUGAUCCCAGUCAGUCGACCUCUUCCGCUUCGCGGAUGACGCCCGAGCGCAAGGGCUCGUCGGGCACAGUGAACACGGUCAGCUCCACCCGCUCAGAGUCUCCGGUCCUCAACGUCCAGACGAAUGGCUUCCUUUCCGCCACCCCCGCGGGGCCUUCUGGACACAUACCAUCGCCGCUGUCGAUUGCCAGCCCCGCGCCAGAAGGGUCGUUGACGAUGAGCCCUACGGAGGACUCGUUCUCACAACCCGCUCCCACGCCGGUGCCGUUGCGCUCGGAUUCUCUGUCGGCCACAUCAACGCCCGCCCCCUCGCCCUCGACAGCGACACAAUCAGCCAAAGUCACAUCACCGAGAGAGCCCACUGAUCCUGUGCUCGGCGCCUGGGCUUCCCCACAAGCAGCCUCCCAGCCCAAGCCCCAAUCCCAGACGUCGUUACCGCCCCAGCAGUCGCCUGCUCACGGCCCUCCACUCCAGCUGCAAAAUGGCGUCGUGCUCACGCCGGCGUCGCCGGAGGGCGCGGCGAGCAUCUCACGUGGACAGCCCCCACCGCUGAAACCUGCAGAAUUGGGCUACGGUCCGGUGACAAACGGGAAGGCAGGCGCGGGCGAGCAGAACCUGACGGUGCGUGCGCACGCGUUGUCGCGCGAGUCGCAGAUCUCGCUGCCGGAGGAGACGAAGCGGUGGUACGCGUCGAUCGCGUCGCCUGCGGACAGCCCGAACCCGGGCAGGGAGUCGUUCUCGGAGACGAGCUCGCCGGCGCCGAACGGGCGUGGGCUCGGGAUCCCGACGGAGAACGGGGACGGGCGCGGGCGGGCGGACGGGGGGCGGUCACCCGACUCGCGACGGGCAGGAUCUGUCACGACCGAGGAAGGCGGCGAGUUUCUCGAUAUGGACGACGACGACAGCGUCAACGACCACUCCGGCGCUAACGGCCUUGCAUACACCGACCUCCCGCGCUCGUCCUCCGACGCUCCCCAACGCUCGUCCCCCGACGCCCCUCAGCGCCGCGACAAGUCCCGCCCCGCCGUCGAGGACUUCCCCCUCCCGCCCGGCACCCCCACCAGCCCGGCCCAGUUCACCCCGCCGCCCCCGCUUCAGAUGCACCCUCCGUCGCGCCAGGGCAGCAUGGACUACCCUCAACCUCCACAGCUCCGCCGAUCCAUGUCGUCUCCCGACUCCCAGCCGUCCUCAUUUUCCGCCUCCCAGUCCGCCCCUGCAGAGCCCCCACUCUCUCCUUUCCCCCUCCCGCGCCCCGCCAACCCGCCGCAGAUGAAGUUCCGCCAGCUUCCGCUGCUCGCAGAGGACCUGCCGCACACGGAGAUCACCGUCCUCAACUCCAACAUCCGUCCCAACGACAAGGGCAAGGACACCCUCUCUUUCAUCAUCCUUGUCGACCCGGGCCGUGGCAAGGACCCGUGGAAGAUCGAGAAGGCGUACAGCGAUGUCCUCCUGCUCGACACGCGCAUCCGCUCCUCCGUCGGCCGCACCGCAUCCAAGAGGCUCAUGAGCCUUCCCGAGGGUCGUUUAUGGCGUGAUCAUGCACCCGCCAAGGUUGAUCAGCGCAAAGUCACUCUGGAAGCUUACCUCCGUUCCUUGAUCGCCCUUCCCGUCAAGGAAAAGGUUGAAAUCGUCGCAUUCUUCACAUGCGACGUCGUCCGUGAGGCCCAGAAGCCCGUAGCACAAGUCGGAUACAAGGAGGGCUACCUCACCAAGCGCGGGAAGAACUUCGGUGGUUGGAAGACGAGGUACUUCGUACUUCAGGGUCCGUCUCUGGAGUAUUAUGAGAGCCGGGGCGGCACGCACCUUGGGUCAAUUGUCAUCACCGGCGCCCAGAUUGGCCGACAGCAGCGCACACCAGAGAAGCGCGAGGGAGACGAAGACAACGAAUACCGACAUGCGUUCCUCGUCAUCGAGGCGAAGAAGGGACCGACUGGUACUACCGCGCGGCAUGUCCUUUGUGCCGAAAGCGACGAGGAGCGAGAUUCUUGGGUCGAGGAGCUCGUGCGGUACGUCACUGGCACGUACAACGAUGAGCAGUUGCCCCUCGCCGUGACGGCCAGUCCAGUCACGCAACUCAAUGCCGCUCUGCCCCGUUCGAGUACUUCUUCCAACCCUCCAACGGACCUCCAGAGCACACCCGUGCGUCGCUUACCCAAAGAUGUCCUCAUCGCCAAGGGCCCAGCAAUGCCCCUCUCCGAACUCCCACAAGAUCCAAACAACGCGAAGCUCUUCCAGGCACCUCAGUUCCCCGAGGAGACCACUUCAAGCAGUCCCGCAAAGACGUCUCUCGAAGUCGAAGGGCUAACCUCGAGCUCGCUGCCCGCCACGUCUCCGCUCGCUGAAGAGCCGGAGCUUGUGUCCGCCCUGAACCCAAGAGCAAAUUCCGAGCUCGGUCACUAUCCCGACAUGGCCAACGCCGCGGCAGCACGCACGCCAGAGCAGCAGAAACGGAUGAAGAAGAACCGGAUGUCCAUGAAGCCCUCUCCGAUGCUGGAGCGUCCGCCGUCGCCACCGUCGGACCCGAAUACCCCGCGCGUCGAUGCCCACGGGAAGGUCAAGAUCUCCGGGCCCAUGAACGGGGUUCCCAUCCCCGCCGGGUACAAGUUCGGCGGACCCAAUCAGCCGGCCCAGCCUGAGCAGCCUCCUAUGUCCACAUCCGAUCGGAGGGAGAAGACAAAGUCAAGAACAUUCAAGGGCUGGAACUUCGGACGCGGCGGAGGUGCCGAGAAACCUGCCGCAGUCGCGGUACCUACGUACAUCCCGAGGGCGGUGUUUGGUAUUGCAUUGGAGGAGUCGCUCGACGUCGCCCAGAUUGCCAGCUUGCCGGCGAUCGUCUUCAGGUGUAUACAGUAUCUUGAGGCAAAGAAGGCGGAGACAGAAGAGGGUAUCUAUCGCCUGAGCGGUAGUUCUGCAGUUAUCAAGAGCCUCAAGGACCGUUUCAACCAAGAGGGUGACGUCGACCUGCUCGCUUCAGACGAAUACUGGGAUCCGCAUGCCAUCGCGGGUCUGCUCAAGACAUUCCUGCGCGAGCUCCCUGCGAGCAUCCUGACGCGCGAUCUGCACUUGCGCUUCCUUUCGGUCAUCGACUUCGUUGAUCCCCAGGAGCGGAUCCGAGAACUCUCGCAUCUUAUUUCCUCGCUCCCGGUCGCGAACUACAGCCUGCUCCGUGCGCUGACCGCACACCUGAUCCUCAUCGUGCAGAACGCGAACAUCAACAAGAUGACGAUGCGCAACGUCGGGAUCGUCUUCAGCCCCACGCUGGGCAUCCCGGCGGGCGUGUUCAGCCUCAUGCUGGGGGAGUUCAACCGCGUGUUCAAUGUCGACGGUACCCUCGAGGACGAGGAACAGGAGGAGGAGCAAGCCCCCGCCGACCACGGGGAGCGUGCGCCCAGCCAGAGCUCCGCGCGGCGAAACAGCCAGCACUAUUCAGACGCCGCGGCGGAUCAGCUGUUGGGGCAUAGUGGCCGGGCCCUUUCCACGCAACGAGAACAGGAAGACAGUGACGACGAGGAGGACAUCGUCGAAGAAAGCGGCACGGAGGCCACGACGGAGAACGACGGCGAGUCCGUCGCCGAGUCCGCCAGCUCCGCGUCCCGUCACAGCCCAUCCCUCACGCAAGCCCAAGCCCAGGCGCAGGCGCAGGCGCAGCGCUCGCGUGCUGCCCAGCUCGCUGCGACGCGCGGGCUGAGCGUGACGACAAGCGACAAGCAGAGCCGGCGACACAGUCGCAUGGUGGGUGUACCAGCGGGGCUGCCCGCGUCCCCGCGACCGCCGCAGCAGUCUGGGGGCGCGCCGUCGAUCCCAGAGGGGGCGGAGCCCGUCUCGCCGUCGUCCGGGAAUUUGCCGCAUCGACCGACAUAG